GAUCGUCAAGUUUACCUCGGAAUGGUGGUGUGGAAAUUUGUUGACCAAUAAAAGUUAUAUUUCCCGACAAUUUCACUAAAAUUCGCGUCGUUCAACAACUUGUUAUCAACAGUUCACAUUUUAACCUAUCAACGAUGAGUAAAAACACGUUGUUCAACUAUUUUUCCAAGUCGCCAGCGACUUCUAAAUUGAAGCCGUCCAGUUCACCUUCGCCGGCUGUUGGUGGUAGCUCAGGAACAACACCGAAGGCUAUCGUUAAAGCAAAGAAGCCUUCACCAAAGAUUCCGGUUGUCCGGGAGAAGCCUUCUGAUGAUGCUGAUCAAGAAGACCGUGACGAAGUUCAACCCGUAACUAAACGUCGCCGGAUUUUGGUGAAUGAGGAUUCCGACGAUUCUGAUAGUGAGAACAAGGUAAAAAAUGACAAAACCCCACCAAAACUAGAACUCUCAAGUUUCCGGCGUCAAGAACGUGACGAGACGGCUUCCUCGCCAGUGCAGAAGAAAAUAAAACUAGAAUUCUCAACACCGGAAACCGGCAAGAAAUCUGGACCGGCUAGCAAAGAGGAUCUCGAUGAAGAUAAUGAUGGUGAUAAUUCCGAUAAGGCCACUACUCUGGAUGAGCCUACGAUUUGGGCACAUCAAAAGCUGGACUUCCUCAAGCCGGAGAAAAUGAAAGACAUUCAAGGCAACAAACUUGGCAGUGAUAAGUACGACUCAAGGACGUUGUACGUACCGGAAUCGUUUCUCAGCACUUUAACGCCGGCUAUGCGCCAGUGGUGGGAAAUAAAAUCGCGGCACAUGGACUGUGUGCUGUUUUUCAAGGUAGGUAAAUUCUACGAAUUGUACCACAUGGAUGCCACUGUUGGUGUCCAAGAGCUGGGAUUUUCCUACAUGAAGGGCGAUUUCGCCCACUCGGGCUUUCCGGAACCCGCCUACGAUCGUAUGUCCACCCUUUUGAUUGAGAAAGGUUUCAAAGUGGCUCGGGUAGAGCAGACGGAAACACCAGAUAUGAUGCAGGAACGCUGUAAAAAGCAGAAAACUAACAGCAAAUAUGAUAAAGUAGUCAAACGAGAGGUUUGUCAGGUGUCGAUGCGAGGUACAGAAGUCUAUGGGCAACAGGUUCAAUUAACGGUAAAUCACCAGCCAAAGUAUAUGCUAUCAAUAACGGAGCGUCCAAAAAGUGGUUCCGGAAGUAGAUAUGGGGUUUGCUUCAUAGAUACAUCAUUGGGCGUGUUUCAGUUGGGAGAGUUUGAUGAUGACAUUCAAUCUUCAAGACUGUUAACGCUUUUGUCGCAUUACGCGCCAGUGAUGGUUCUCCAUGAACGUAAUGUGGCCUCAACGGGAACGCAACAAAUUUUUAAAACAGUAUUAUCUGGCAUUAGGAAGGAAAUCCUUAACAAUGAAUCUCAGUUUUGGAAUGCUUCAAAAACCUUAAAAUAUUUGGCGGAGAAUUUCUAUGGAAGCUGCAGUGACGAAAAUGCUUCCAAAUGGCCAGAAGUUCUUCGUUCAUUGAUAGAUUCCAAUGACCAUUUGGGGUUGACAGCUGAUGAAAAUUUUCAGCUCGCUCUCAAAGCUUUGGGUGGUUGUAUUUGGUAUUUAAAAAGAUGUCUACUGGAUCAGCAAAUUAUUUCAAUGGCGAGCUUCCAACUUUACAUUCCACCAGAUGAUGGGACCGUCAAAGAGGAUUUGAAGAUUGCUCAUGCAAACAGGUUCAUGGUACUGGACUCUAUAACUCUGAGUAAUCUUCGGAUAGCGGAAGGAGAACAUUCGUUGAUCAAUCGAUUAGACCACUGUUGUACUAAAUUCGGGAAGCGUUUACUUCACUUUUGGGUGUGUUCGCCUAGCUGUGAAAAAGAAAUUAUCGUACAACGCCAGGAGGCCGUAAGUGAAUUACUAGAAGACGUUUCACUAUUACAAGAUGUUCGUCAAAUACUUGGAGAGCUUCCUGAUUUAGAACGAAUGUUGACACAGAUUCACACUUUUGGCAAUGCCGUACGCAGCAAAAAUCAUCCGGAUGGUAGAGCCAUUCUGUAUGAAGCGAAAUCCUAUGGGAAGAAAAAAAUUCAAGACUUUAUCAGUACUCUGCGAGGAUUUGAUUCGCUUACCAAAUUACCAGAAUUAUUUUCCGGAGCGAGCUCUAAAUUGUUGGUGAAACUAACGCAAACGGCGGAAAAAGGAGGGGCAUUUCCAAACAUGGCCAAGAAAAUCAGUUUCUUCGAGAAAGCUUUCGAUCAUGAAGAAGCACUAAAGGAAGGGGUCAUUGCUCCAGGAGAGGGAAUCGAUGCUGAGUAUGAUGAAGUUGAACGUGGAAUCAAAGAAAUUCAAGAAGAACUGGCAGAGUAUAAAAGACAACAGGAGAAGUUUUUCGGUUGCAAAAUUGAAUACUUCGGAUCAGAUAAGAAACGUUUUCAGCUUGAAGUCCCCGAAGGACCUGCCAAAAGGGCUAAUAAAGGAUACACACUUGAGGGACAGAAAAAGGGAAAAAAUGCCACUAAACGUUUCCAUACGGAUGAAACGCGAGAUUUUUUGAAGCGCAUGAUGCAGGCGGAAGAAAUGCGAACGACCUUGUUAAAAGAUUUAUCCCGACGAAUUUUUGAAAAGUUUUCCAAAAGUUACGACCUCUGGAAAACGUGUAUUGAACUGAUGGGUAUGUUGGAUGUUUUGACCGCGUUCGCCGAGUAUGCACGCAGUGAAGGUAACAUGUGUGUUCCGGAAAUAUUGGACGAUGGGCAAGGUCAGAUCUUUGAGCUGGAAGAAGGAAUACACCCUUGCGUUAGUGAUCCGGAGAACUACAUUCCGAAUGGAAUAAACCUCGGAGGAAACGGACCAAGAUUGGUUCUGCUUACUGGUCCCAAUAUGGGUGGUAAAAGUACUCUUAUGAGGCAAGUUGGUAUUCUUGCUAUCAUGGCUCAAAUUGGUUCCAGAAUCCCUGCUCAAUCCUGUCGAAUGACUAUAAUUGAUCGCAUUUUUACUCGAUUGGGAGCAAGUGACGAUAUCAUGGCUGGACACAGUACCUUCCUCGUUGAAUUGAAUGAAACUUCCACUAUUCUGAAACAUGCUUCCAACAAAAGUUUGGUUCUGCUGGAUGAACUCGGUCGGGGUACGGCCACGUAUGAUGGAACUUCGAUUGCUGGUGCUGUUGUGAACUUUUUGGCAAAUCUCAAAUGUCGAUCAAUGUUUUCAACACACUAUCACAACCUUGUGGACAACUUUUCCAGAGACGACCGUGUUAGUUUAGGCCACAUGGCCUGUAUGGUGGAAAAUGAAGCGGAUGAAGAUCCUACCCAAGAAACUGUUACGUUCCUAUACAAAUACGCCGACGGUGCAUGUCCCAAGUCAUAUGGUUUCAAUGCUGCUAAGCUGGCCGGAAUGCCCAACUGUAUUAUAAAGCGAGCUCAUGAACUCUCAAAAACUGUUGAAUCGCAAGCCUUGAAAAGGAAAAUUUUCACCAAAUCUCUAUUGGAGAAUCGAAUAACUCCUUCUGGUCAGGACGAGUUGAAGGAACUGUUGAAGAAACUAAAGGCCUGUCGUUUCUAGACGGUAACUAUGAACCAUUCUCUACCUCUUAUGUUAUAUCUCUUGUAAUGUUUUUGUUGUCAUACUGUAAUGUCGAUGUUACGAAACUGAUCAAAAUGUAUCUGUCUUCGAAAAAUGUUAGUAUUCGUCUCGAAAGACGCGCCAUAACUUUUAAAUAUAUACAUCCCAAUGAUAA